AUGGAAAAAAUCGAAAUUUUCAAAAAAAAAACAAGUUUCAGGAAAUUCAGAUUUCUAAAAAAAUCCUUGGACCCAGGGACCCAGGGACCCAGGGACCCAGGGACCCAGGGACCCAGGGACCCAGGGACCCAGGGACCCAGGGACCCAGGGACCCAGGGACCCAGGGACCCAGGGAUUCAGGGACCCAGGGACCCAGGGACCCAGGGAUUCAGGGACCCAGGGACCCAGGGACCCAGGGACCCAGGGACCCAGGGACCCAGGGACCCAGGGACCCAGGGACCCAGGGACCCAGGGACCCAGGGACCCAGGGACCCAGGGACCCAGGGACCCAGGGACCAAGGGACCCAGGGACCCAGGGACCCAGAGACCUGGAGUCGUAUUCAUGAGAAACGAAUCAGUUUUCGCUUUCUCUGUGCUCCAGAGAAGGUAACCCGGGUAUCCUGGGUCCUAGGUCCUGGAUCCAGGUCACCCGGACCCAGGUCACCCGGACCCAGGUCACCCAGAUGCAGGUCACCCGGAUCCAGGUCACCCGGACCCAGGUCACCCGGAUCCAGGUCACCCGGCUCCAGGUCACCCAGAUCCAGGUCACAAGGAUCCAGGUCACCCGGUCAGGGUCACCCGGAUUCAGGCCACCCGGAUCCAGGUCACCCGGCUCCAGGUCACCCAGAUCCAGAACUGAUUUGA